UCAGGUUUUAGGUAGUCGCUCGCGGUCGCUUUCGCGGUUUGAGGCUGUGGCACUGUCUCUUUAGCGCUCCCCUUCUCCGCAGACGAUGGACUCGUCGAGGAGCUUCUUCGAUAAGCUGCGUACCGUGGCCGUCAGGCUCGAGAAGGAUGUGAAACAGUUGGAGCAGGCUCUACGUGGAGAGAACACGGAAUGUGAAGAUGUACCUCCAAUGAAAGUCUUCAGUGAUCUCCGUUGUGAAGUGAGUUCUCUGAAGGAAGCUUUUAAUGCCAGUCUUCAUAAGAGUUCCUCUAGAAAACAAGCAAUUAAUAAGUUUAUGAAGGCAAGUGAAAUAUUGGUGAAAAGAAAUGAGGCAGAUCUUGAAGAAAUAAGAAAGCUGUUCCAGAAGAAUGGCUAUGAAACACAUGUCAAAGAUUCUACAGCAGAAGCAGAGGAGGAGGAAGGUUUGUCAGCAUCUGUCCAGAAAAAAUCUGAAGACAAAACAGAUGAUGCACCUGAUCUGCCAGCUGGUACUGAGAAGUCACUGGUACCUGCAGACCCGCUGCGUAACCCCCGGCUUUCUGAUUUUGGUCUUUCACAGUACAGUUUCUACAGGCCUUGGAGUGCAGUGGAAGGACAACACACAACAAAUGUACAUCAAGCAAAUUUAAGCAACAGGACUCCACUAAAAGCACUUACCCCCUGUACUUUGCCCAAAACACCAAAAUGUAAGCUGAGGAUGGAUGAUUAUGAAUGUAUAACACCAAAACUGGAACAUUUUGGCAUUAAUGAACAUACCAUGUGUAUGAAUGAAGAUUAUACAAUGUCACUUAUGCAUAAAACUGCUCAGACAAGCAAGAAGCUGGUUAAAGAUGAGCAUGAACUGACUGUACGAGACAUGAUACCCAGAAAAAUCAUGGUCACUCCUGGGUCAAAAUCAAAAGUGACACCUAAGAAAGCAGCUAUCUGGAUGCCUUCUCCUAUGAUGCCUGUGUUCUGUACUCCUGAUGUGAAAAUCCCUUCCAGAUCAAACAGUACAGUAUUAUCAAGGUUACCAGAGACAAAUGAACAGCCUCUUCCCAGUCAUACAGAAACACCACAGUGCCCAGAUUUUGAAACAAGAUGGAUAAAAGCGGAAGCUAAGUUCUUAAAUGGCAAUUCUGAGGUGAAGCAGGGGGGGAAGACUGAGUCAGUGACAAAGAAUGAUGCAACAGAUAAACAACACAAAGAAGACAACAUUUCUUUUGCUGAGAGCUCUGAGUAUCUUAAACAUUUCAGAGACCCUUCUCCUCCCAAAAUAAAACACUAUGACCAGUUACUCAAUACUCCUCCACCUCCAGAAAUAACAAAGAUACCAGAUGAUGUUCUACAGAUCCUGUGCAAGUAUAGUGGUAGAGUAGACUCUAACACCAAAGAAAUGGAGACAGAGACAGGAAAUGCUACAAAAUGAUGUCACAGAUUAUUGCAACAAAGAGAAAAGAGGAUAUCCUGGACUUUUCAAGCCAAACAUCUGAAAUCAAGCUGAAGACCAUGCAGAGACUAUUUCAUAUUGAUGAAUCUUAUCACAGGAUUGUAACAAGCUCAAAAAGCAGAAGAAAAUACUGAUGGGAGGAAAGAGCCAUAUAAAGGAAAAACUUUUUUUAAUAGAGAAAAUAUUUAUGCAUGGUAUGGAUACACUUCUUUGAGCUAAUAACUUGUGCUUCAUUUUUUAUUGAAACUAUUGGCAAAAUUUAUUGAGGGCUUUUACAUAUAUGUACUUCAAUAUGUUCCAAGGAGGACUAGGGUCACAUUUGAGGUAGUGCUUCAGUUCUUCUCACCUCAUUCUCAUGUUUGUUGUAUAUAUUUGUUUGCUGUGGGGUAUAGAGAAGUGUAGUCAGGUUGCAGUAAACAGAAAGUCCAGUAUAUUGUCUCAGAAAGCAGAUAUCUCUGGUUGCUCCGGUAAAAUCUUCAGGGCCGAGUCUGAAGCGUGUGGUACUUCAGCAGUAUUUGGUAUCUUCCACAGAAAUGGGUCUUUUCUUAUUGAAAAAUUAAGUCCUGCUAGUAGUCACUUCUGCAAUACUAAGACAUAUUCCUGCAUCACUUACUGUUACUUGACAGGCAUUAUCUUAUGCUGCUAUGUCUUUCUUAAUAUAGUUUUCUUACAUCGAUAUUGUAUUAGGUGCUACACAUGUUUUCCUUUUGACAGUAUAACCUUUGUAGCCCUAAAAAGGUUGUGACUUCAUAUUUGAUCAAGGUGACUCUUGUUCAAAUAUGAAUUAUUUGAAAAUGUCUUGCACAAUUUGUACUGGUUACAUAUAUCUUCAAUUGCUGCAAUUAUUUGCUGGCAGGCAUGUAAGUGAUCUUCUGCUGCCAUAUGCAUUCUGUAAGUGCUGGUGUUGCUUACAUCUGUCCCUGUAAUAGCUGACCAAGUUUAAGUUCUCAGAGCUGGUUGGCACUUUUCUGGUAUCUGGUAGUCAAUACUUGAAUCUUUAGUAGAAAAAAAAUCUUUACUUUUGUCCACAAGAAAUCCCAUGUAUGUAUCCUUCUGUGGAGCUGAUUUGCCGUUUCCAGUGUCAGCUAUUCCUCCGAGUGACUCCAGGACUGCUCUUAUCAGCUGUAUGUAAUCUUCCUGUUGAUGGUUAAAAUGCUGCCAUUUGCAUGAUGGCAGGCAUGCAACACAUAAGAGAGAUGGGGAGAAGAGUAUGCUUUUCUGAACUUUCUGGAUACAGCUCCACAUUUUUAAGUCCUAGGGAUAUGCAGAUAUCUAGAGACGCCCAAAACUAUUUUCCCAGUUGGUUAGAGUUAUCCUGGUUAAAAUCUAGCAAAUAAAGGUGCCUUUUGCUGCUAUAUAAAAUCAACUGGAGAAGAUGAUUUUUUACUAGGUCUGGCCUGAGCAUACUGUCAUUUUUCUGUGCUAACUUCUGUUUUUAAAAUUUAUAUUAUGUGUCAGUCUUUGAGCUUGAUCAACAUUUUUGAAUACUAAAUAAAUUUGAUGGCUGCUAUAAAAACA